AUGACUCGACGCUGGGCAAGAAGAAUCGAGCGACACCUCUGCACCUGUGCUACAUAUUUCCCCCUUGCCUUCGUCUACGGCCUGACUAGCUGGGCUGUAUUUGUCGCUGUCAACAUAAGUACGGUGCCGUCAAAGGCGGAUCACUUGGGAGUUUCCAGCGCUACUGCAGCGGUCGUGUUAUAUCUCCUCCUCAACUGGUCCUACACCACUGCCGUGUUUACACCGCCCGGCAGCACGACGAAUGAUAAUGGCUACAGUACGUUACCAACGACGGCGCCACCUGCGACCACCUCCUUUACCGUCAAGGCCAAUGGCGAGAUGCGAUUCUGCAAGAAAUGCCAGGCACGGAAGCCCGAUAGAGCGCAUCACUGCUCGACGUGCCAGCGCUGCGUGCUGAAGAUGGAUCACCAUUGCCCAUGGCUUGCCACAUGUAUCGGGCUGCACAACCAUAAAGCUUUCUUGCUUUUUCUCAUAUAUGCUACCGUAUUCUCGCUGUGCUGCUUCGCUAUCUCUUUCAGCUGGGUCUGGAUCGAGAUUAUGAACAGUACCACCUUCAUCGAGGAUAUGAUGCCCGUUAACUAUAUCAUCUUAUGCGUAAUUUCAGGCAUCAUCAGCGUCGUGGUUGGUGCCUUCACCUCCUGGCACGUCUGGCUCGCCAGCAGGGGUCAGACGACAAUCGAAUGCCUCGAAAAGACGCGCUACCUCUCCCCCAUCCGCAAGUCCCUUCAACAAACCUACAUCGCGCAACACACGGGACAGGGCGUUCCACUGCCCAAGUACGGCCAGCAGCUUCUUGACAUCCACCAAAAUACCCUGCCGGGCAUCACCCGCCCCGAAGAGGGCGAGGAGCUACGCUCGUCUCCCCCCAGCUCCCCCGGAAACCCCGCCGCACAGCACCGCCUCGACGACCGCACCACGGCCUCCUACCCGGCUGGCGGACCUCAGCUCGACGGGUCCCGCCACCUCACCUACGACGACAUGGAGCGGUACCGGGUCCGCAGGCGCUACGAGGAGUACCUGGACGAGGAAGACUCGACGAAGCUGCCCAACGCCUUCGACCUGGGUGCCAAGCGCAACCUGCUGCACCUGUUCGGCCCCGUCCCCUGGCUGUGGGCCCUCCCCAUAUGCAACACCACCGGCGACGGCUGGUCGUGGGAGGCCAGCCCGCGCUGGUCAGAGGCCCGCGACCGCCUUGCCCGCGACCGCCAGGAGCAGCGCGAGCGCGAGCGCGCCGCCGGCUGGGGCGCUGGCAGCGACACCGACACCCCCGUCCAGACCCCGACCGGCUGGUACCAGCCGCCACCGCCGCCUCGUCCUCAGGGACCGCCCGCCAGUGGCGCCGGCAGGCAUUACCUGCAUCCAUCAGCGGCGCCACCCCGGCACAGUCCCAGCCCCAGCCGCGGGCCCACUCUUCCGGGAAAUGGUGGGCGGCGGACGCCGAGCAAGGCCGACCGCGUGCUGGGGAGGGACGUGGACUCGUACCUCGACGGCACCUUCGCGCCGCAGAACCAGCAGUCCGUGUCGCUGAGCCGCCUGAGCCCGGCGGGGUUCGCCGUCUACGAAGACGAUUUCAUCGACAGCGGCUUCGACAACGACAACGAUUUCGGCACGAGCGGCGACGAGCAGGAGGCGACCGUCGCCGCCGCCGCCGCCACCACCCCCAAUGCCCUGUCAAGCGAGGCAUCCCCCCCGCAGCCACCGUCACGCGCCGAGGCGGAGCGCCGCGCCCUCAACUUCGUCACCAACGGCGGGUGGGACCGCGGCGGCGCGAGCGGCCUGCUGCGCAAGGGCUCGUCGACGUCGUCGGCCGGCGGGCCCGCGUCGCCACCGCUGCUUCUGGCGGCGACUCCUCCCAUCCCCCAAUCGGGUGGCAGGAAUAACGCCUUCGGCGGCGAGGACGCGGAGGGCGUCGAUUGA